AUGGCGUGGGGUCUGCCAAAGCUACCGGGCCUUACGUUUUCGGAUCCAACCAAGACGCAAUACCACAUUCGUAGUUCCCUCCGAUAUUACCAAGGGCAUAGAUUUCCUGAUACUUUGAUUCGAGGUCCCGGGGGAACAGCUACUGAUGUAGAUAGCAACGCUUUCGCUCUACCUGAUGAUUCUGUCACCUACGAUCCAUCCUUAACGUAUGGGCGAGUGAAGCAAGCAGCGUUACCAACAGUCAUCCCACACUGGGUACACUAUGACAAGCGAUGUCUUAAGUUCACGGCGUUCUUCAAACAACCAGUAUUUGAAAACCCUGAUGAGAACUACCGCGUUCGUGUCGUCAAUAUAGUAUACUUCCUAGAAGACGACACCAUAACCGUUAUAGAACCGAGAGUGAAGAAUUCUGGAUUAUGGCAAGGACGGAUGGUGAAACGUGGAAAAAUUCCAAAGAACGACCUCGGUGAAUUUUGGCAUUGGAAAGAUUUGGAUAUCGGCAAAGAUAUAUGUAUGUAUGGAAAAGUCUUCCAUACAGUCUCCUGCGAUUUAUAUACAAAGGUUCACUUGACGCCCGUGACCGAUGCCCGCGGUCAGAGUAAACUGGUUUUGUAUUGCUAUUUCUGCGGGUGUAUAGCUGCGGACGACUUUUUUUAUGUUAAAUGA